AUGGAGGUCAUAGGUCAAGAUGGUAAAUGUGACCAGACACAUCCGUGCUCACAGAUAUGUGUAGAGACGGCUGCUAAGAGGUUAAGAUGUGCUUGCUUUCCUGGACAUGUUCUCUCAAGAAAUGGUUUCCUUUGUCUAGGUGAAACUAUCGACAUCGACAGCGACGUGCCUACGACCAACGGCCUCAUCACGGACGAUGAGGACUUCGGUGAGGGGAGCGGGUCAGGUGACGGAGAGGGCGGCGAGGGUGGCGAGGGUGGCGAGGGUGGCGAGGGUGGCGAGGGUGGCGGUCCUCCAGACCAGACGGCUGAUCUGACAUGUGAUGAUUGGCCAUGUGAGAAUGGGGGCACCUGCUACCUCCGAGGGGAAACCCCCAUGUGUACCUGCGCCCUGGGAUGGGAGGGAGCCAUGUGUGAGGAUGCUGUGAACAUUCGCUUCCCUCGUUUCUAUGGCACCUCGUACCUCUCGAUUCCAGUACCCACCUCCAAGCUCUACCAGUCCUUCUACAUCACCAUAUCCUUCAAGCCUGAGUCUCUCAAUGGAAGGCUCUUGUUUGCUAGUCAGGAGGAGGAUGGUAAAGGGGAUUACAUGGCUGUCGGUCUGGUCGAUGGGAAGGCUGUCUUCAGGUUUGACUGUGGUCAGGGAGCAGCCGUGAUCACCAGCCGGACCUCUGUCACCCUCUACAAGUGGCACACUCUCAAGAUCGGUAGAGAUGCUCGUAAAGGUUGGCUCCAACUUGACGAUGCUCGUAUGGUCAGGGGUACCACACCGGGUACGUUUUCCAUGGUGACUUUGAAGGGAGACCUCUUUGUCGGAGGGUUCAACACCACUGCAGAGGUCCGUGAUGGUCUAAGGAUCAAGCACAUGUUCCAAGGUUUCAAAGGAUGUAUCGAGAGCAUCGACAUUUCAAACAUGGACUUGGAUCUUAGGCCUUAUCCCAAGGGUUCCAUGCUUGGAGGACAGAAUGUUGGUGAAUGCAGUGAUGGUGUAUGCAAGCAUCAUGUAUGUACCAAUGGGGGAGCAUGUAUCGGCAGGUCACCGGAUCAAGCCAUGUGUCUAUGCCCUCUUGGAACACACGGCUCAGUAUGCGAGGAUGUAAUUGAGAUCCACACCCCAUCGUUCAACAGCUCCCACUCCUCCCACAUCGCCCAUGACUCCCUCGGCAAGAAGCAUCUCUCCUUCCUCCAGAUGGAGAUCAUUUUCAAACCCAAGGAGCCGUCUGGGAUCCUCAUCUACAGCGGUACGGAAUCCAGGGAGGGGGACUUCUUCUCCAUCACGCUGGAUGAGAACUACAUUGGCUUUAAGUUUGAUUGUGGCUCAGGGCCCGCUGUUUUGAGAUCAACCCGGCCAGUAACACUUCAUAAUUGGCACAUUGUGGAGGUAUCCAGAACGGCCCGAGAAGGUAUGUUGAGGGUGGAUAACCAACCUACGGUUACAGCCUUAGCCCCUGGAGCCUUCACGCAAACAUCGUUUGAUACAAACCUAUACAUCGGAGGCAUUGAUGAUAUCGACCUCCUGUCCAGAGAGAUGGCAGUCAAGAAUUCAUUCAGUGGAGAUAUCCAAAGGGUGUUAGUCAAUGAUAACGCGUUAGAUCUGAUCAAUGAGGCCGUGGGCGGGGCUAAUGUCGGUAACGCCCACCAUCCAUGCCAGGGGCGGCCAUGUGGUUACAAUGGAGAGUGCCACCCACUUCAGGAAUACUACUUCUGUGAUUGUAGACUAGGCUUCAAGGGAACCUACUGUGAAAUAGAAAUUGAAGAAACUGUCACAGAACCUAGCUUCAUAGGAAGGAGUUAUCUCUGGUUUGCCAGUAAUGAAAUUACUUCCAGAUUGUCAGGGGAGAGGAACAUGUUCUCCUUUGAACUCCGAGCCACAGAGCCCAACGGUCUGGUCCUAUGGGCAGGUCAUUCCAGUAUGACCUCAGGAAGUGAUUUCAUUGCUAUGGGCCUUGAAAAUGGCUUCCUUUUACUAAGAUUCAACCUUGGAGGAGGGGAGGCAGUCCUAACAAGCAGGAGACCUGUCAACGACGGGGAGUGGCACGUCGUUAGGAUAGACAGGCUAGGCAUUGUGGCUAUCAUGGAAGUAGACAACGACAAUGCAGUCACGAACCAGGCCAGUGGAGAAGACUUCAGGCAACUCAAUGUCAAUGAUGGCUUAUACCUAGGUGGAAUGGAUGACAUGGUUGAGACGACAAUGAACCUCUACUCAGAAGGCAUGACAGGGUGUCUCAGGAACUUCAACAUUGACCAAAGUCUCAAGGUCUUAUCAACGGAACAACCCGACGGCGGCAGGAACAUCAAACAAUGCUCAUAAUCCAUCCAUAAAAAAAGAAAGACUUUUUUCCUCUUCGUGUCCAGCGGCAACAUUUUUGUAUGGCCCAAGAGGGCGUGAAUUCAGUCGCGUCUUGUCGCACAAGCUGUCCAUAGAAAUGCAAUUGAAUUCCGACGUUGACCAAGCUCAGAAAUGAUCUGCUUCAAAUAUAUAUUCCAAGUGUUUAUAUGGAAAGGAGAUCAUCUUUAGUGAGUCAAGGCAAGGCAGUGACGUGAAUACAUUCAACUCUGUCCUAAGUUCCCAUGGUAAUGGCAACAGUUCAAAAUGACCAUCAUUAAUGGAGUGACUUUUAAAGGGAAAGUUAUGUCACAUAUCCGUCAGUAUUUUUGUUUGAUCUUGGUGGGAAGAAUUCCUGCCGUUUGGGAGAUCCAUCAUGUUAGUCACUUCUGUAGAAGAGCAAGUUUUAAUGACUAUAAUCCUCCUCAUAUUGCCAACCAAAGCUCACAUCAGUGUGGACUGUUAUAUUUGAAUUAUUGGUAGUAUUUUUAAGACCUUAUAUUUUUGUCAGGGUAAGAUGUCUAAAGUACAGAAGGCUAAAUUACAGUCCAUGUUUCUUUAUAUUUUCUUUCAUUUAAAUCUUAUUCUAAUGUACAAUAUUUAUAUCAACAAGUGUGUAAAGAAUUGUUAUGAGUUACAAUGUGUCAGUUUAAAAUCUGCAUCUACAGUCUUGCGUAGGAGUUAUACUUGGAUCAUCAUGACCAGUAUAUAAAAAUUGCAGAUGAGGCAAUUGAAAACCAUGAAAAGAUCAGUAGUAAUAGUAACAUUUUUAUCAUUUGGAAAAAACACAACUGAAACGAGUCUUGAUCGCCAUUCUUGGAGCCUGAUUCAUUUUAGCAGACUUUUUAACAGCAGAGUUUCUACAAAUACAUCAAAAUCAACUCAAGACAUCUACAUAAUGGUACUAUAUCUCAAAACAGUACUGUUAGAGAUCUUCUCUUGAAACCACCCCUUUCGUCUCAAUAGUGUGUUUUUUGUAAGGCUUUUCAUUAUUCUACUUACAUCUUGAGAAUCUGAAUUUGAAACUUCAAUUUAUUCAACGGCAGAUAGGUUUUUUUUGUAUGUGUGUGUCUGUAGGCUGAAGUCGAAAGUCAGGCAUUAUUAUGAGUUUUGUAGUUCUACACUUGCCCACAAACAUAUUUCAAACAAUCCGCACUGUCACAUGGCUUUCAUUAAGUUGAAAUUUGUAUUUUCCUUUUUUUAAGAUAGUAAUGGUCAUAAGAAAUGCAAAAUAUCUUAUAAAAAUUAUCACAGUGGAAAAUCAAGUGAAAGGAUAGUUUCUGGAUUUUUAUUUUACUGUUAGUUUUAAAAUUUGAAAGUACUAAACAUUUGUAAGUAUUUAUAUGUCAUAUGUAACUCACAGAUUUUGAGAAAUAUGUCAACCUCGAGUUCAAGUAAUGUAAAAUGACACACAAAUGGAUUUUUUGCCAAAUGAUACUAAAUAAGAACAAGUAGUAAAUGCAUUCCAUUAAUGAUGAGUAUUUCAGUGAGAAGGAUUUGAAAGACUUUUAAAUGCCUUUUGAUUAUGUGACAGAUUUCUUGUUUUAUGUUUAUGAUAAGAUUUUGUAUCAACGUUCUUAUGGAUAUAUUAUUAAAAGUUGUGAGGGUCAUCAUUUUUAUGCAUAUUAAUCUACAUUUUUAAUGAAAUGUGAAAAUAAGACAGGAGAUAUGAUCAAAAAGUUGUUUAUUGUUGGAAAAAAAUAUGUUCCUCAUUUUGAUUAGCUUUGACCUGAUUAUCAUUUGUUAAAGGAGCAUAAAU